GUAAACUUGUUUUUUUAUAAGGGAUUUAAAUAAUUCAACCCUUAUUCAGUUUUUACGUUUCCUGAACGUUUUCAUUUUUUGGAGAAAUAGCCUUUUUAAAAUGAUCGAUUCAAUUAUGAAAUGGUCCGCUACUCAGGUACCCCGAAAUGUUUUGAUUACUGUGCAGUAUUUUACCAAUGGAUAUUCAGGAAUCUAAGACAGUCAUUGUGAUUUUUAAGUUAUUUGCUGAUUACUACGACCUGGUUAUUGAAAAGUGCCAAUAAUAAAAAUAUUUGAAAAAAAGUGUUAUAAGAAGUAGAAGAAAAAAUGGAUUUAUAAGGCAUAUAUUUUAGAGGAAAACGAAACUAAUACUAUUGGACACUUGUUCAGACACAGUAUCUUCAUAAGGAACCUCUUUGAAUGAAAUGUCUUGGAGAAAGUAAUUAAAGGACGCCCGAAAAUUUCUUACUUCCAAGAUCUGAAGCAGCUCAUGGAUGUAACAUCAUAUUCACAGGUGAUGAAGUAACAAAUUAAAUAUAUGGCUAUCACAAGGCACGGCCUUUAAAUAAUGAUAUUAUAUAUUAUAUUUAUAUAGGCAUCAUUAUAUAUGUAAAUGUAAUUAAAUAUUAAAAUAGUUAAUGAUAAUUUAAGUUUCGAAUACCUAAACUAAAUUACAGUUAAACAAAACCAUUUUAAAUAAUAACGUUUAUGAAUUUCAAAUGUAAAUUAUCAAACAUGACGAUUUUUUUUUUUUGUUAUCAAGGUUAAUUUUACUGAGAAUUUUGUAAAUAAAAUGUACCCAGGCCGCCAGUACCUAAACGUUCUGUUCUUUCAAAACAUCGCCAAGUAAGUGUAGUUAACGAAAACAUAAAUAAUAAAGAUUAAUUUUUAUUUAUGAUUAACAGGUACCUAUCGUGUACGAAAUUUACAGAAAAACAUAAUUUACACCAUAAAACAACUCGCCGCCAUUGUAGGCGGUAGGUAACUAUUUAUAGACCGUGAAUAAAGUCGUAGACUCUAAUAGCGCUCUAGCUAUUAGUUUUUAUUUAAGUUUUUUGAAUGUAUAUAUAGAUGCGAGUAUAAUAUUUUAUCCGGAAAUUGCUUUUACGAGGUCAUAUAAUAAUAUAUAGGUAUACUGUUAUUUUAUAUACCCUCUAGAAGAUAAUGGCAUUAUUAAUGAUAAAAUUACUAUUACUAUGCAAUAAAUAAUUGUCGUAGUUUUGUUUUUUUCAAUCAAACUAAUUUGUUUAGAUCCUUGUUUUGUCCUUGCCCUUAAAAAUUAAAAAUUAUCAUUAGGCAAAUUUUAGAAUUUUACAAUAAAAUUUGGUUUUACAGUGAAAUUUUUUUAUUAUUUUUUUUUAAUCUGUAAACAAUUUGUCUACUCUAAUUUUGCUCCAAUUUUCAAGGGUAGCACAAUUUAUGAAAUGAAAUUAGACUGGGAUAGUACUUUAUAGGGGUCAUUUUUUGAUUUUCCCAGCCGUUUUCAUAAUAAAUGGAAAAAACAGGAAAAUUUACAAAAUGUUUUAAAUUUUUUGCUUUUUGUCGUAAUUCAAUUCAAAAUGUUCGUAGAGACUUGAAAUUUGGGUAAAAAUUUAUUUUUGACUUUUUUGACAUGGUAAAAUUUUCAAAAUAUUUGAGCUAUUUUUAGGCAUUUUAAUUUUACGUAAUUUGUAUUCGGUAGAUUAGAGGAUAAAAUGUUUAGACCAAACAGAAAUGCAUGAACAUUUUAACAAGAGAUUCAUUAUAUUUGUACUUAGUGGUCAAAAAGAAGAAAUUGAGUUUAGUGUAUAGUAUUUUUUUUUUAUUUAAAAGAAUUCGAAUAUCAAAUUUUGACGAAAAUCGUAAAUCGCCUUUCAAAACAUGUAUAACCGAAAUCUGCUCAAAAUCGUUUUUCGUUAGCAAAGAUUAUUAGAAAUUAAUAAACAGGUAUACAUUAAAUUCCUCUCUAUAUUCUACCUGCCUAACUACUCACCUACAUUAGUGGCUCACCAAUCGUGCAAAGUAUGCCCGUCAUUUUAAAUACCAAGUUUUAUAUAGAUUGUAGGUACUAUAUUUUAUUUAAAACUCGCCUCAUUAUCACAAAUUUUUUAUUAAGUGUAGUAAAUUUUUUUUUAAUAAGACAGGUACAUUUUUAUACCAUAAUACGAGGGUUGUUGUAAAUAAUAAUUAUGAACAACGACGUAUUAAUAUGAACGUCAGUUCUGAUGAGUCGUUUAGUUUGUAAUCGUUUUUAUUUUUGCUCCAAAGGCCAAAAAUGUACCGAUCUUUAGCAGUUUCAUAAUUUAUUUAAUGUAUUAUAAUUGAUUAUUAUAACUGUUAACACCGCGUCAGUACAAUAACCAGUAAAAUCCAGUUUUUCUAAAAAUCUGUUUUUUACAUAUAAAUGUUAAGAAAAUAAUUCUCUAUCGAUCAGUGCAAUAACAAGACAUGUAAAAUGUGUCCAAUAAAUAUCAUGAAAAAUAUAUCACCUAAAUGUAUUAUGAGUAUUAUCUACCUACUUAAAUUACUGUUAGACGCAAUAACCAAAUAAGUCAGGAAGUUAGGUAUUUUAAUUUAUUAGUUUUAACUUUAGUUAGAAAAAAAGGGCCGGUAGUUAUUUUGAACACACACAAAAUGUAUAAAUACUAUAUUAUAGUAAAAAAGGAUGUCCUACAUAAUAGCUCUCUUUAACAUUUCAGUGAAGCUCCCCAUUAUACUCAUAUGUAAAAAAUCAAUUUAAAAGUUGGUAGAUUUGAAAUUUUACUUAAUCUUGAAUUUUUUAUUAGAAAUCUACCAAUUUUUAAAUUGAUUUUUCACGUAUAACGGUAAGUUUCACUGAAAUGUUAAAGAGAACUAUUAUGUAGGAAAUGUGUCAUUGUUUGAAAUUUAUUUUCAUCACCUAUAGGUUAAGGACCACCCUAAUAAUAAUUUAUAUAUGGCAUCAAUAUUUCGUUAUUUUAAAUUUAUACGCAUUAUGUUUUCUACCAGAAAUCUUACUUCAAUCAAAAAACGACUGGAAACCUUGACAUACAACCUUUCUCGUCCGGAAAAUGAGGCGGUCGCAUAGCGGAUUAUCCAAAAUAACCUAAAAAAAAUAUAAUUUUUACUUAUCUUAUAAUAUUGUUUUUAAAUUGUUUAUAAUAUUCGUUUAUAGAAAUAUUAC